CUCGUCAGUCUCGCGUUCAGCGCGUGUGGAGAAACAGCUGCUCCGCUCGUUUCCUCGAGGAGUGAUGUGAUUGAUUCAGCUCUUCUUCAGGAGGAACCGACACUUCGAGAGGAGACACGACAGACAGUAGGAGAACGGAACCGAACCGAGCCGAACCGGACCGAUACUAUCCGAACAGUCCCUGCGCGCGGAGCGAUGGAAUCCUCAGCUCGGCGCUCGCGAGGAAACACAGAUGUGCUGUGGUCCGGUGGCUUUGCCUCAUCCUUGAGCUCCUCCAGCUUGAGUUUGUGAAACUCCUUCAACACCGACCGCCGACGAUCUUCCUCUUUAUCUCUUCUCGUGCUCUCCAUGGCUAAUCUUCUGAGCUGUGUUUUGUUCCUGUCUCUCCGGACGUAUGCCGCCCCGCCGGAGUACAUCCAAGUGUGGCCCGGUGGCUCGACGCCAACCCCGGGAGAUCUGGACAACGGUACGGUUGGCCCCUCUUUAGUUCCCCCUCCAGGAACAAGCAAACACGCUCCCCACAGCAUCAUCAUCGGCGUGCGGAAAGGAGGCACCAGAGCGUUGCUGGAAAUGCUGGAUAUCCACCCAGAAGUAGCAGCGGCCGCCACUGAAGUCCACUUCUUCGACUGGGACGAGAACUACGCCAAAGGCUUCGAAUGGUACCGGGACCAGAUGCCCUAUUCGUACCCAAAUCAGAUCACCAUUGAAAAGACUCCAGGGUAUUUCACGUCUCCGGUGGCGCCUGCGCGGAUCCACGCCAUGAACUCUUCUAUCAGACUCUUGCUGAUCUUGAGAGACCCGACGGAGAGAGUCAUAUCGGACUAUACGCAAGUCUACUUCAACCGCUUGGAGAACCACAAACCCGUACAAGCCAUCGAGAACAUGCUAGUCAAGAACGGCGCUCUAAACACGCGCUACAAAGCCAUCCAGCGCAGUUUUUACGACGUCCACAUGAGGAACUGGCUUCAGCACUUUCCUCUGGAGCAGAUCCACAUUGUGGACGGGGAUACGCUGAUCCACGAUCCCUUACCAGAGCUCCAGCGAGUCGAACGCUUCUUGCAUCUGCCGCCACGGAUCGUGGCGUCCAACUUCUAUUUUAACCAGACCAAAGGCUUCUACUGCAUUCGCAGCGAUGGCCAUGAGCGAUGCCUGCACGAGUCCAAAGGACGGCCGCAUCCACCCGUUAACAGCACUGUUCUGCGACAGCUGCGCUCGUAUUUGCGCCAACACAAUCGGAACUUCUUUCAGCUCAUUGGACGUACUUUUAACUGGCAGUAGUGGGAGGGGCUGGAAUUAGCCAAUCACAGUCUAAAUGGGGGGCUGAUUGACAGCUGAUGCACCGAACAAACCACUCCCCCAUGGACACGCCUCUUAAAGGGCCAGUUCACCCCAAAAUGAAAAUUCUGUCAUUAAUUACCCACGCCGCUGUCGUUCAAAACCCGUAAGACCUUCGUUCAUCUCCGGAACACAAGUUAAGAUAUUUUCGAUGAAAUCUGAGCGUUCUCUGACCCUCCCAUCGACAGCAUGUUUCCAGACCCAGAAGCGACAAAAAAACUCAACUUCAGUUUUUUGCGAAGCUGUGAGAAUAUUGAGAAAACAAAUGGUUUAUUCGUGCAAAAGUAACAACUUUAUUCAACAAUUCCUCUCCCCUGAGUUACAUCAGCGGUCAUUUUGGAGAGUACCACAGAACUUAAUGAAUGUAAUCAGCGUUGUUUACGUUUGAGGGGGAAAGCGCGAGCAUUAACAUUAUCAACUUAAUCAGUUUUGUUUACGCAUCGGGGAAAAAUAUGUUUGGGUUGUGAUACUCUCCAAAAUAGUUUAAGAUGUAACUUGUAGGAGAAAGAUUAUUUAAUAAAGCCAUUAUUUUCGUUUUAUUUACACACAAAAUGUAGCUUCGCAAAAUUGAAGUUGAGCCACUGAUGUCACAUGGACUGUUUUACCGAUGGGUCUGGGAACAUAACGGUUGUGUUGCUCUCUAUGCAGGGUCUCAGACCUCUCAGAAAUAUAUUAAUUCAUGUUCUGAAGAUAAACGAAGGUCUUACAGGUUUGGAACAACAUGAGGGUGAGUAAUUAAUGACGGAAUUUUCAUUUCGGGGUGAACUAAACUUUUAAAUGCCUUUGAGCUGCUUUUAAAGGGAUAGUGCACCUAAAGGCUAUACAAGAUGUAUGUAAGUUUGUUUCUCCGGCAGAACAGUGUAGAACAGAAAGUGGGAUUCUUGGUGAUUCAUAUAAUGCAAGUCAAUGGCUACUGACACUUUAAGAGUCAAAAAAAUAAAAGCAUAUACAGGCAACACGAAAUUAACCCCCGUGGCUCCUGAUGAUAUAUUGAGGUCUCAUGAAGCGAAAUGAUCAGUCUGUGCAAGGAACUGAACAUUACUUACAACAUUAUUACCUGUAAUCCAGAGCCUCAGGCAAAUGGGGAAAUAAGUUUAUGAACUAACAGUUUGUUUGAGUGAACUGUUUCAAUUCACUAGUUUGUUUAUAUAAUCACAUAAUGAUGUAACAUAUGUGAAAUCAUGUUAUUAAAGCAUGAUGUGAAACAUGGAUGUUUUACAUGUCUAAGAAUGACAUCGCUCUGGACUGUUUGCCUGAGGCUCUGGAUUAAAGGUGAUAAUGUUUUAAAUAAUGUUUAGUUUCUUGCACCGACUGAUCAUUUUGCUUCAUAAGACCUCAAUAUAACAACAGGGAUUCAUUUAGCUUGGCCUUUGUGUGCUUUUUUGACUCUUAAAGUGCUGGUAACCAUCAACCAAGCGAAAAAUCUUCUUUACUGUUUUACUGAAGAAAGUAAGUGACUUAACAGCACAUUUUAAUUAUUGAGAUAACUAUCCCUUUAAGAUUUCAGAACGAUCAUGUUUUCAAUCUGAAAUGGUAAGGAAUAUGAUAUUAAAACUCAACUUCGGGGGAAGAUCUUCGCUGUCAAGUGUAUUUGUCGUAACAAGGUUACCCGAGACAAAUCUGAGUCUUUUUUUUCCCCCUCUUUCUCUCUGUUUGUUUGAUAUUCUUGUACUUGAUAAUAAAUGGUCCUGCUUUCAAAAUUG